AUGUAUGUGGCCACCUCGCUUCUGGGAGCAGGUUAUUUACGCGAGGAGUUCCGACACUCCCCUUAUGCGACCAACGCCUACCUCGUCGCAACGCCCAGUGCCGAUCGAGUGUUGGAGGGCAAGGCACAGGUGUCACCUGAAGCGGAAGAACUGAGCUGCCCGCCAGACCUGCUCUUCAGCGCCGUGGACGCCAGCGCGGCCUGCUCUGCCGCAAAAGUUGCUGCAGCUCUUCGUGCUGGUUCUGACAGGGCAAGUGCUGCUGUGAGGCAGAGUCUGCGGCGCUUGCGGGUAUCCCUGGGAAAGGACGCUGGUGUGCCUGGGCAGUUUGUGCUUACCGACGACGCCCGGCAAGAGUCAUUUGCCAUGCCAUGCCAUGCCAUGCCAUGCCUCUUCUCCUUGGCUAUAUGGCCUUGA